CAGGGCAGAAAAAAGUCGGAGCGAACCGGACCAGGGGAGAAAAAAGUCGGGCCCGAACCGAACCAGGACGCUCCCGCGUCCGACCCACCAUGGAUUUCUCAGGCUCCGCGUCACCACCACCGCUCUCCUCCCACUUCCUUUUUUAUUCAUAAACAAAUCUUUUUAGAAAACUCCGAGCCCCCGCCCCCGCGUUUCUCUGGCUUCCCCGUACGAAACCCUAGGCUACGCCGCCCAAAACCCCGUCCCCGCGGCGCCGCCACCGUCUCCGGCGGCGCCCCAUGGCCCCGGCCUCCUCCGACACAGACGCCGACGACCUCCCCGCCCGCAGAUCCGACGCCGCCGACGUCGCCGGCAACGUCUGGGACCUCGCUGCCCCCCUCCCCCCGCCCCCCGGCCGCGAGAUAUACAUCUACCGCAACACGUACAACCUCAUCCCGCGCUCCCUCGGUGGCGGCGGCGGCGGGGCGCUUAGGUCGCUCAAGUUCUUCGGCAACGAUGUGGAGGUGCUCCCCACGGAGGCCGGGGGCGGCCUGGACGGGCUCGAGAGCCUCCAGGUUAAGGUGUCCGCGCCCAGGGUGUCCGCGGCGCCGCUCCGCCGGAUGCGCAUGCUCAGGGAGCUCGAACUCUCCAUGGUGCCGCCCAGGCCCUCCGCUUGCUCCAUACUGGCCGAGGUAGCCGGUCUCAAGUGCCUCACCAAGCUCACCAUAUGCCACUUCUCCAUUAGGUACCUCCCUCCUGAGAUUGGGUCCCUCAAGAAGCUCCAAGAACUUGAUCUCUCUUUCAACAAGCUGAAGAACUUGCCUAACUGUAUAACUGAGUUGAGUGCUCUGAAGUUCCUCAAAGUGACUAAUAAUAAGUUGGUGGAUCUACCCUCAGGAAUCUCGUCUUUGAGAUGUCUUGAAAGCCUUGAUUUAUCAAACAACAGAUUGAGUUCUCUUGGAUCGGUUAAACUUGUUUCUAUGCUUGCACUGCAGUAUUUAAAUCUUCAGUUUAAUAGGAUUUGCCAAUCUUACGUGAUUCCCUCAUGGAUAUGCUGUGACUUGAGGGGGAAUGGUGAAAAUACUGCAAAGGGUGGCAAGCUAUUGUGUUCAGGUGUAGCAAGCAUGAACAUUUUUGCAGAGUCUAUAACUGUGAGCUGCACUUGCAACGGUGCCCUUUCAUGUACUCAGCCAGAAGCUUCCCAAAAUUUGAAACAUCAUGCCCCACUGAAAAUGAAGAAGGGCUGGAAGAGGCGGGAUUGUCCGCAGCAACGAGCUCGCCAGGAGCGUUUAGACUCAAGCAGGAGCAAGCUCAAUGAAAAAUACAUUGAUGAAAUGGCUGUGAACAUGGCCGAAGACGAAUACCCUUAUAGUUUGCAUGAUAUGGAAAACAAACCAGAGAUUAAAAGAACCAAUGAAGUUUCUGUACAGGAUUCGCUGAAAGAAACGAGUUCUAUAUCUGAAGACGUGUCUUCUAUAGUCGAUGAUGACUUGGAUGGGCUUAUAAAAGAUAGUGGUAUGAUGUUACAGGACCAUUUUGAUGAGAAAUCUGGAAUAAGUAUGCGAAGUUACCAUGAUAACAAUUCUUGUAUCAGCGUGGACCCUACUUGUUCCGGCAGAGGGAGGAGUUGUAGUGUUGAAAAUGAGCUAGAUGAUACCGCUUCAUCAGCUCAUGAUGCUGUUGAAAUUGUUCGAGAGAACCCUUCAGAGAUAUCCAAGUUUACUCCAAAAUCAAAAAGGCACCCUGAUAUGGACAGCAAUCCUAAACCUAGCAAAUGCCCAAGACCAAUUGAUGAAUGUUCAAAAUUAUCAUAUAAGUACAGUGUGGAAUCAUUUUGCAGCAUAGAUGACCAUCUACCAGAUGGCUUUUAUGAUGCGGGGCGAGAUAUGCCCUUCAUGUCGUUAGAGGAGUACGAAAGGAGUCUUGGACUAUAUGCACGUGAAGUUAUUCUUUUGGACAGAGAACAAGAUGAAGAAUUGGAUGCAAUUGCUUCUUCAGCACAAUUAUUGCUAUCUAGUUUGAAAAGGCCAAGCUCUUUUGAAACAGAUGAAGAAGCAGGCCAUGAUUUACUGAGGGCAUCAGUACUUGCUUUGUUUGUUUCUGACUGCUUUGGAGGUUGUGAUCGAAGUGCUUCUCUUGAGAGAACACGGAGAGCUAUCGUUAGCUUGAGGAAGGAGCAACCUUUUAUUUGUACUUGUUCUGCUGGAAGCAUGUGUGACAGCAGUGAAGCUUUUAAGCAAACCAAUACUCUUUCUGGGCACUUUGAUUUUACUGGUCUGUGUGAUAGAUCGAUACAUAUCAUCAAAGAAAGGAGAAAUUCAGGUAUUGUACCAAUAGGGGCAUUGCGAUUCGGUGUUUGUCGUCACCGAGCUGUCCUAAUGAAGUAUCUCUGUGAUCGGGCGGAUCCUCCGAUUCCUUGUGAGCUUGUGAGGGGCCAUCUUGACUACACACCUCAUGCUUGGAAUGUUGUUCCAGUUAGAAACGGGAAUGGCUGGGUAAGGAUGAUUGUUGAUGCGUGUUACCCUACCUACAUAAAAGAAGAGACAGAUCCAGAGUACUUUUGCAGGUAUGUUCCGCUCAGUCAACUUCACAUUAAACCUGAUGAUGAGGGCUAUACUCCUCGAUGUUCCUUCCCUCCUGUCACGCUAUACAAAGAAAUUGAAGUUACAGCUUCUAGUUCUGUCUAUCACUGUAAAAUUGGUGCUGUUGAUGCUGCAGCGAAGAUAAGAUAUCUAGAUACCCGCAAUGCUUCAAAUGAUGAAGUUAAAAAAUUUGAAUACAAGCUUCUUGGGGAAGUAAGAAUGCUUGGUGCUCUAAGGAAGCACAGAUCCAUAGUGGACAUAUAUGGGCAUCAACUUUCUUCUAAAUGGGUGCAAGUUGAUGGCGAUAAAGAAUAUAGGAUAUUGCAGUCUAUAAUUUUAAUGGAGUAUGUAAAUGGAGGUUCUCUGAAGGGCUAUUUGACAAAGCUACUGAAAGAGGGUAAGAAGCAUGUACCCAUUGACCUGGCAUUUUACAUUGCUCGGGAAGUUGCUUGUGCAUUGUCGGUGCUGCACAAGAAGCUCGUUAUUCACCGGGACAUAAAAGCUGAGAAUGUUUUACUUGAUCUGGAUUCUAAGAGGAGUGCUGGCACACCAUUAGUCAAACUCUCUGAUUUUGACAUAUCCAUUCCUUUGCAUUCUUUGUCCCAUACAUGCUGUAUAGCUCACCUUGGUACACAUCCACCUAAUGUUUGUGUUGGGACACCUUGUUGGAUGGCUCCAGAGGUUCUUCAGGCCAUGCAUGAAAAACAUAGAUAUGGGCUGGAAGUGGAUAUCUGGUCGUUCGGAUGCUUUUUAUUGGAGAUGCUUACACUUCGGAUACCCUACCAGGGACUACCUGACUCAGAAAUAUAUGAUCUCAUUAUGAGGAAGAAACAAAGGCCAAGGUUAACUCAGGAAUUAGAAGCGUUCUGGACAAUGGAUGAUCCAGUUGCAAGGCUGAAGUUGGGGAUCACAUCCGAUGCUCAUGCAGAUAAACUAAGACAUCUAAUAGAUCUCUUCUACCAGUGCACCAGGGGGAAUGCAUCCAAGCGUCCCAAAGCUGAGCAAAUUUACAACUCAUUGUGCUCCUUACCUACAUGUUAUGACACGAGGUGAAUCUUUGGAUCCUGAACCAGAAACUUGAUGGUGAGGAACCAGAUUGACAGACCGGGCCAGGUUAAGCUGGGCGGUUUCAGCAUGUCACGAGAUCUGGCCACCUUCAGCGGGUUUAAAGAUCUAACCAGUAUACUAGCCAUUUCACUGCUCUCGGUUAGUUGGUCUUCGGGUGGCAGCCAGGCAGAACACGAGAAGUCGAACCGAGGCAGCAACUUUGGUCGCUGUCGCCUGAGAUGCUCCCGAGUCAAGUCAGUUUUGUAGCAGCACGGCAAUCCUGAGUCACUGUUGUAGUAGUCAUCUGAUCAUGUAUCUGCGUGUCAUGUCAUCCAUUUUUUUUUCUCAUUAUCGCCAUCAUCAUUUGAUGGCGUUUAAGUUAUUAAUUUAGGCCAUUCGCGGGCAAGGCACUUGUCUGCUGGACUGCUGCAACCGCCUUCUGUAUGUGUAGUUUUAUUUUCGUGUACAACUGUCAGUCGAUCGGUGAUCUGUUGUCCAUGUAACCCUUUGACUGCUGAGUUAUGUAACUGCUUCGCGAGGUUAUUUAUGCUGAUUUCACCAACCUUUUCCGGCA